AUGGCAAAUCUCGAAGAAACCGUCUUGCUCGAAAAGCCUUCGGGCGCAGGAUCGUCCGAUUCAGUCACAUUUGGAGUUGAGCGCAUGAACUUGAUUGUCAAGGUUCAGCGAGGAGUUUUUCAUUUCAAGACUCUUUACCUUUUCACUAGGAGCGAUAUCAAGACCGUGCUCGCGCCUCAAAUUAUCUUCAUCCUUUCGGCGGUGCUCAGCCGCCAGCCUCUCACGACAGUUCAAAGUGAGACGAUGCCUGAAGCUGUACAGCGGCUGCCCCUAGCGAUAGUGUGGAUAUGGCUCAAUCUUGUUGUGUGCGGUAUCUCGAACCAACGCCUAGAAAACUCGAUAAUCGAAGACGGACUCAAUAAACCCUGGCGCCCACUCGCUGCGAAGCGACUGACUCCCGAGCAGGCGCAAAGAUUGCUCCUCGGGAUGAUACCGUUAGUAGUCGGUACCAGCGCAGUUUUGGGUGGGUUCAAGCCGACAUUGUCGAUGAUGACGCUACUUUGGAUGUACAACGACCUCGACGGCAGCAGCAUCAACAUUUGGGCACGCAACGCCAUCAACACAGGCGGGAUCAUGUGUUUCAGUGCUGGAUCGCUUGAGGUUCUCUCACGGGGAGAGCUUUUGCCCAAGUCAUGGGCUUGGAUCGGGCUGACUGGUGCCGCAAUUGCGACGACUGUCCAAGCAUUGGAUUUCCCUGACAUGGAGGGAGAUAGAGCGCGGGGCCGGAAAACCAUUCCACUUUUAUACGGCGAGACUGUUGCUCGUGGCGGCCUUGUGGCCAUGGUCUUGAUCUGGUCGAUUGUAUGCCCGAUGUUCUGGGAGCUCCGGCCUGUCUUCUGGGCUGCGCCUGUCGGCGUGGGAAUCCUCAUGGCGGUACUGACUAUGUUUAGACGGGACGAGAAGUCUGAUAACGUUGUGGCAAAGCUGUGGUGUUUGUGGAUAUCCGUUCUGUAUAUUUUACCUCUCUUUACUAGAUGA